CCGGAUCUCAACGGGGAGCUCGUUCCAGAGUCAGGAUCAUCCAGCAUGAUCUUGCCACCUUUUAAUAUACUUAGGAUUUAUGAGGUGCAUGAAAAACAUACAAGGCAGGAAACACAAGCAAAUUUAAUUUAUUUAAGAAAAGAUGGCAACAACAUGACAAUGACCUUUGUUGAGUUCUGUAAUAUAUAUCGUUGGAAAUCAGGCUUUAGCUUCCAAUAAACAUAUUGCUUUGUUUGAAGGAAUGUUUUCAUCGAGGAGUAAUCAAGUAAACAGCAACAAUCAAACCAUCUGGAUUUCUGAGUUGAUAGGCACCCAAAGAAGAAAAGAGGUGGCCAUGUAUUUGUUUUCUAUUAAGGAAAAAAAUUCUUUAAGGAAAAAAAAUCAUGAUCUGUAUAAAAUCAAUACAAACUUAGAAUCUUUUUUAUAAUGAAGGAAAAGCUAGUUACACAAGUAAUAAGACGUCACACCUUAUAUUUGAUUUGCUUUUCCCACUUCAGGACUUCGUUCUUUGAAACAGAUGUUUUUUCACAUUAGGAGUGCGUUUAAAUAUUUGGAAAUAUGCCAGUAAUACAAUCUCUUAAGUAAGAUGUGGUUUAGCCCGGGGGAGUGCGUGUUCGUAUCUUUGAGUAUUUUCUACAAGAGUUUGAGUUAGUUGUGCAACAUCCUGUUACUAUGAAAAAAAGUGCUGAGUAAUGGUUAGCACUAGCUCGUAUGGCUGAUGCAAACCUGUGGAAUUUGCAUCAUCAUUCAGCAAAGCUAACUUGGUAUGACAAGGAAGCUUAAACACAAUACCAUACUGAAGUGGAGCUGGCUUCCAAUGACAGCACCAAAGUAGCUGGGAGAAAAAGCAGGUGUUUUUCAGUAGCAGUUUGAUAUUGCUGAAAAGUUAAAAGACACCCGAGGAGCUUUAUACCUGUUGGCACAAGCAGGUUUAACAGCUAGAGACAGUAAGGAAGCAUGUGCAAUAGUUUUUAGCUAGGAAAAGGUGAAGAGAAGAAAAAAAAAACAGAGAAGUUUGUUUUAAUCUUUGUAAAUUGUGUGAGCUGCUCUAAAGCAUGUUUAGGAAGUCUCCAGUCUCCUCAUGUUCGAAUGGAAGCUCCCCUCAGGGACAGUCUAAGUUGCCUUCAACAUAUGACAUCAAGGUAGAACCAGGAGACCAAGUGGUGCUGAAGAAGAAAAUAACUUUGCUGAGAGGAAUAUCCAUUAUAAUUGGCACUAUAAUUGGAGCUGGAAUCUUCAUCUCUCCAAAAGGAAUUCUCCAGAACACUGGCACGGUGGGAAUGUCCUUGAUUGUCUGGACUGUCUGUGGCAUUCUUUCACUCUUUGGUGCUCUCUGCUAUGCAGAAUUAGGCACAAGUAUUAAGAAAUCUGGUGGGCAUUACACAUAUAUCCUUGAAGCUUUUGGUCCACUUCCUGCCUUUGUAAGAGUUUGGGUAGAAUUACUCAUCAUACGCCCUGCUGCCACAGCAGUAAUCUCUCUGGCAUUUGGACAGUACAUAUUGGAACCAUUGUUUAUACAGUGUGAAAUCCCUGACCUUGCUGUUAAACUCAUUACAGCUGUAGGAAUCACAGUUGUAAUGUUCCUGAAUAGUAUGAGUGUCAGCUGGAGUGCCCGCCUUCAGAUUUUCCUAACCUUUUGCAAGCUUCUAGCAAUUUUGAUAAUUAUAGUCCCUGGAGUUAUGCAGCUAAUUAGAGGAAAAACUGAACACUUUAAAGAUGCAUUUGUUGGAAAUGCAGCCAGUGUCAAAGGAUUGCCUCUAGCUUUUUAUUCUGGAAUGUACGCUUACUCUGGUUGGUUUUACCUCAAUUUUGUUACUGAAGAAGUGGAAAAUCCUGAAAGAAAUGUGCCACUCGCCAUUUGCUCAUCAAUGGUAAUUGUCACACUUGGCUACGUCUUAACUAAUGUGGCCUAUUUUACAACUCUGAGCCCUGAGGAUAUGCUAAUCUCCAAGGCAGUGGCAGUGGUAAACUUUUCUGAACGUCUACUGGGAAAUUUUUCCUUAGCUGUUCCUAUUUUUGUUGCACUUUCUUGCUUUGGAUCUAUGAAUGGUGGUAUAUUUGCAGUUUCAAGGAUGUUCUACGUUGCAUCCCGUGAGGGUCACCUUCAAAUUCUCUCCAUGAUUCAUGUUCGCAAGCACACUCCUCUACCAGCUGUCAUUGUUUUGUACCCUCUCACUAUGAUCAUGCUCUUCACCAGUGAUCUCUACAGCCUCUUGAACUUCCUCAGUUUUGCAAGAUGGCUUUUUAUCGGAUUGGCAGUUGCUGGGAUGCUAUCUCAGAUAUAAUGUCCUGAUAUGCCUCGUCCUUUCAAGGUGCCACUGUUUAUUCCUGCUCUGUUUUCCUUCACCUGUCUCUUCAUGGUUGCACUGUCACUUUAUGCUGAUCCAGUUAAUACUGGCAUUGGUUUUGCAAUUACAAUGACAGGAGUCCCUGCCUACUACCUCUUUAUUAUAUGGGACAAGAAGCCAACAUGGUUUAGGCGAUUUUUAGACAACAUGACAUCAACAUUGCAAAUAAUCUUAGAAGUUGUUCCAACAGAAGAAAAUCCAGAUUUGUGAUCUUCAGCUAGAAGAAUUUUCAUUGUUAGACAAACGUCUAAGUUCUUCAUUGAUUGAAUGAACAUUUUUUUUUUGCCAAAAUGGCUUUAAAAAAAGUUUUACUGGAAAAAGUUAUAUUGGGGCAUCAGUUUUAACCUGAUAUUUGAUGAAAACUUUAAAUGGAAUUGUUAUGAAUGUAUGUGUAUACAUACUGUACAUUAAAAGGUUAUCUGAUACUGUAUCAACAGUUUUGUAGACAACUGUUUUAAAACUAUUGUAAAAUAGUAUUUAUCUUCUCCUUUGCAAAUGGAGUUGAUGUGGUAUUUUCUAUAUUUUAAAUGUAUAAGACGUCCAAUUGGUCAUACCGAUAUUUACUAAGAACAUUUGUUUUAAAAAUGUUCAUCAUAGCUAGAAAUAUUAGAAUGGAUUAUAUCAGAACUCCAUGCUGGACCUGAUGUAAGACAACAGUAAAGAAUUAUAUUAAUACAAAAUUAUUCCAUUAUUUGUUCUUUUUUUAAAGCAACAGUUAUAGUUCAUUGGGGACACUAUUGCAUUAAAAAUAACUCUAUUUCCCCUUAAUCAGUUGUAGUUAAGACCGCUGAAUUGUCCUGACACCAAAGAAACAUGCCAAAUGAUGGACAGAGGAACCUUCUUUGUCAAUUCUUACACAUAAGAAAUGUAUCAUUCUAAAUGUUUGCUCCAUUUUACUGUCUCUUUAUUGCAAAUCAACACAAAUUCACAAUUUAUUUGAGGUUCUCCAUUUUACUGUCUUGUUAUUGAAAAACAGCAUAAAUACAGCAUUCAUUUGAAGAGAUCAAUCAGCAUUU